AUGACUGAAAAGCUUAGUGAUUGGGAAGUUCUAGAUGAAAAUUUCAACAAAAUGAAUACUGACAUACCUCCACAGCUUCCUCCUAAACCAAAAAGAAUGACUGUUGCUAAAAAUCAUACUACAAAAGUAGAAAUAAAAUCACCUAGUGAAAGUACUAAUAAAUUUAUUUCAAAUGAUGAAGAAAAGGAUACCACUUCAUCUCAACAACAAAGAGUUUCUCUUCCAAUUGAUAGUAGUAUUGAAUUACCUGAAAACCAAAACCUUAUUGACAGUUCAAUAAAUAAAAAUCAACUAAAUAAAGAAGUUGUUGAAACAACUAACGAACCAAUAAAACCUAAACCAGAAACUAAAUCAUUAUCUAAAGAAGAUUACAGAGAACGUAUUGUUAAUGAAAUGUUUGAUACAGAAAAGAGUUAUGUUAGUUCAAUGGAAACAUGUAUAAAAGGAUAUUAUGACCCACUUAUACAAUCAGGACAUAGUGUUGCACCUGCAGAUAAAGUGAAUGCAGUUUUUCUUCAUUUUCAGAGUGUUUUAUCUAUUAACAAAGAAUUAUUGAAGAACAUGACUGAACUUAAAGAGAAAGGAGAGUUAUCAACAAAACUAGGAGAAGCGUUUAGCCAAUUUAUUCCAAUGAUGAAUGUUUAUAAAUUAUUUCUUGGUAAUUCAGAUACUUCAUUACAAUUUCUUGUAGAAUUAGAGAAGAGUUGUAAAUUUAAUGAUGUGCUUGAUCUAUUAAGAAGUCAUCUUCCAGGAGACAAUCAAUUAGAUCUUCGUAGUUAUUUAAUUAUGCCAGUUCAACGAUUACCAAGAUAUAAAUUAUUAUUAACGGAUCUAAUCAAACACACUGAUGACGGUUUUGUUGAUAAACCAAAAUUAAUAGAUGCAUUAGAUAAAAUAUCAAAACUUGCAACAUUAGUAAAUGAAGUUAUUAAAGAACGUUCAAGAAAUCAAAAACUAUUAGAAUUGGUUGAUAAAAUAGAAGGACUAAGUCAUGAAUUAGUUACACCAUAUAGGGAAUAUAUUAAGAGUGGUUCAUUAUUAAAAAUAUGUAGAAAAGAUAAUAAAGAACGAUAUUUUUAUUUAUUUAAUGAUUUAUUAGUAUAUGGAAUUGGUGAUGAAAAUAAAAUUAAAGUUAGUCAAGAAUUUCAAUUGGAAUCACUUAAAAUUAAUUUAAAUCAAAACGUCCCAAAUUCUUUUCAAAUUCUUGCAAAGAAAAGUUUUUCUGUUAUUGCAAAAGAUGAAAUUGAUCGUGAUGAAUGGAUGAAAGCAAUAAAUGAUGCUAUUCAAUUGGAAAAAUCAAAAUUAAAAACUUUAAAACGAGAUAAGAAAGUAGAAGAUGAAUACAUUGCCCCUAUAUGGGUUCAAGAUACUCAAAAUUGCCAAGUUUGUAGUGCUAAAUUUACUACAUUAUUUAGAAAACAUCAUUGUAGAAAGUGUGGAUUAUGUAUUUGUUCUAAUUGUAGUAAACAAACUAUUAUUAUUAAUGGAAAGAAAGAACGUGUUUGUGAUAUUUGUGCUAAUAAAAAUAAAAAAUUAAGUGAAAGUACUCUUACUGAACAAAACAGUUCUGAAAGUAAAGAUUUACUCCUCUCAACUUCUACUGAACAAGAUCAACAACUAACAACUAGUUCAUCUAAUGAUGAUAAUAAAAAGACAGAAUCUAAAUCAAUUCAACAAGAAGAGUCUAGUAGUGAGCAAAGUACAAGUGUUGAUAGGGAUAAUAUAAUCAAUAAUGAACAACCUCUUGAACUUCCAAAACUACCACCAAAACGAAAAAAUGAACUUGUAAAAGAAUCAGCUCAACAGAAACAACAAUCUGACGUUCUUCAAUUACAAGAAAAUAUGGACCUACAUUCAAAAGAAAAAGUAGUAGAUUCACAAGAAGAUAUUUCUCAACAACCAGAAGAAUUAAUUCCACCAAAAGUUCCACCAAAAAGAAAAAGUCAAAAAACAGUACUUACCCAAGAAGAAAGUGUUAAGCAAGAACAACAACCUUUAAAAAUAAAUAACUCAAAGACUUUACAACAAGACAUACCACCUUCUAUUGAAACUCAACAAACAGAACAAAAUUCCUCUAACAAACAGGAACCAAUGAGUUUAUCUCUUGAACCAUCUAGUAAAUUUCAAAACUCAGUAAAUGGUAUAACGCCAUCUACCCCUUCCAAGAAAGUAGUACCUCCAGUCCCACACCGCUCUCUUCCUCCAAAACCUGUUCGGUCUAGUGCUAUAAAUUCUCCUUUAACAACUCCAAUUACUACAAAUGCCAAUUCUCAAACAUUACCAAAACCAAGUCCUCUUGUCUCAUCUCAACAAAAAAUGCCAACCAAACCUUCGCCUCAACAACAUGGUUGUAAACAAAGUCAAAGCCAACCAGUUCUAAACAAAACUACACAACAAAAUUCAGCAAGACCUUCAACCUUAUUAAACCAAUCACCUCUACAUACAAAAAGCGUGCAACCAGAAGUGGUCAAAUCAACUCCAAUAAAAGAAGACAUAAGUCACUACCGUUCUGUCAGAGACUCACCAUUCUUAAAACAACAACGAGCACAAAAAGAAAGUGAUCCUUCACAAGCCUCCCCUCGAAGACCACAACCACCAACACCAAAAAGAGGAGUUACAAAAUGA